UCAGGGAAAAGCCAACAAAGAGCACCUCACUUUCUUGUUGUCUCCUGUUAUUUCAAGAGACCUAUACACACCAUGAGCACUGGAUCGACCGGCCUCUUGUACCUUGGCACUGACUCGAACAAGCUCCUUGUGGUGAAAGAUGGAGAGGUGAUUCAAUCCAUCCAUCCUGUGGCGCCCAAUCCUCUUGGACUCCCAGAAGGUGUCUACAAUGGGAUUUCCACAGAAUGGGUCUCCUGUCACCCCAGAUUUCCCGUCGUCUACGCAUUGACAUCUUAUUGGAAUGCUUCUGAGGCAUGUGUGACUACGUUUCAAAUCCAAAAACCAAGUGGCAAACUGAUUCGCUUGGGUGAAUCAUCGUCUACCCAUGGGUUACAUGCCGCCCAUGCUACCUUCUCUCCGGAUGGUAACACCUUUGUCAUGGCGCAUCACAAUGAUGGAAAGCUCGUCUUUUUCGACUGCAGCAAUGGAGCCGAGGCUCUUCCUUCCAAGCCCAUUCUGGUUAUUGAGACGCCAGAAGUGAAUCCAGGCCGACGCCGCAUUACAAAGCCCAAGGAUGCCUUUCCAGGCCUACCAUCGUUACAUCACGUCCAAUAUUCUCCCAGCCAAAAGUGCCUAGUGACGGUGGAUCCUUCGCAAGACUACAUCUUUACGUAUACCGUCAAUGAACAGACGGGACUACCCAUCUCUCGAAAUCCACAAUCCAAAUUCAAGUGCUAUUCCGAUGUCCCCAUUUACGGGUACUUUCAAAGACUCAUCACUCAAUGCGUGCUCAAAUGCAAACGACGGGCCCGCAAAACGGCCAUUCAUCCCAAUGGCAAGUACAUUUACGUCCUAUACGAAUCCCUCAAUCGGAUACAAGUCUACAAGUUAGUAGAUGAUCUCGGAACGAUUGAUUUCAAAAUCUCAUGCUGCCAAGAAGUAUCCACAUUGGAUCCUGCCUUUUUCAAGACCCCUUGGUGUCGUCCCGUGGGCAUUGCGUUGCAAUUGGCAGCGGAAUUGUACGUGACCAAUGAUGGUUCGACACUACUGGUAUCCAACCGAGGUGACAUUAAAGUGCCAGGAUCUCGCGCCGAGAGCGGUAUUCGUGUCUUUUCCAUUCAUCAAGAUGGACAAGUCCUGCAACCGCAGGGGGCACUCGACAACAUCCAGGGGCCCGUUCGACACUUUUUGUGUAUGGAGGAUACUAGUAGUGAGCUGGUGGCCGCAGUUUGUCAAUCUGGUGGAAAGUCAUACCUCCAAUCGUUUCGUCAAGAAAAGGGAAAGCACAACAGCAAGGGCGACGAGCGCCAUUAUGAGUACGCGGCGACUACUACAAUCAGUGUACCCGAGAAUGUGUUUUGCAUUGCUCAUCACAGAGGCUAAAGGGACAACUCAACCCAAUUAGCGCGCAUGCCGUAGUACUGGCAACUACCGUCAUCAUGAAGCCACAGAGUUGUUCAAGCGCUUUCCAGGGGGGUGGAUCCCGCUGAAACAUUUGCAUUACGGUAAAAAAUAGAGCAAGUUUUCCGGUCGC